GGGCAAGUGUGCUUCGUUCCGCCGCUGAGAGUCACCUCACGCUGUCAAAAACCAAAGACCCAUUUCCCCGAAACCGAAAAACCGAAACGUCAAAAUGGAGCCGAAAUGACACAAGCCGACUCGAUCCGACGAAACGCACGUGCACGUGCCGCUCAGGACGCAUAACGUGUUCGUUCCAGUAUUGAUUUUCGUUCCUAACCUCUCUAAUUUGUGAUUCACCCGUUUUCCACCCCGGAAUUAAAAUUUACAGUGUAGUGCUGUGCGUGGCAUUGCGAGCCAGCUGUCAUUGCUUAAUGUGCAAAAGCGAGUUUAGUGACAUUUAGUGUUUUUAUCGCUUAUUGUUAACAUUUUUAUCAUGUUUCUACUGUUGUUGCUUCGAGGAUUAUCGCUGUUAUAUUCGUGAAAACUAUGCUGUGAAUAAUGGAUUUCGACAAGGAUCCCACCCUUCAGGAAUGGACCCGGGAGCAGCCUUUAUCCGUCCUAGCCUUAGAUAGUGCAGACAGAGCCGUACUUCGAAUUGCAGACGAACGCGACGCAGUUCAGAAGAAAACAUUCACGAAAUGGGUCAACAAACACCUAAAAAAGACAUACACGUGCCUGCACGUGUGCGUCACCGUCAACAAUUCGCCAUGUUGUCCGCCAUCUGCCAAUCGACAAAUCAGAGACCUCUUCGAGGACCUCCGCGAUGGACACAAUCUGAUUUCUCUCUUGGAAGUUCUAACUGGCGAACAACUUCCAAGAGAGAGAGGAAAGAUGCGUUUCCAUAUGCUCCACAACAUCGACACGGCCCUGCAUUUCCUCCACUGCAAAAAAAUCAAACUCGUCAACAUCCGAUCUGAAGACAUAGUCGACGGCAACCCAAAACUCACCCUAGGCCUCAUUUGGACAAUCAUCCUACACUUCCAGAUCUCUGACAUCGUGGUGGGCCAAGAACCUAACGUUUCCGCCAAGGACUACCUCCUCCGAUGGGCGAAACGCACCACCCACAAGUACCCAGGAGUCCACGUCCAGGACUUCACCAAGUCCUGGAGAGAUGGACUUGCCUUCAGCGCCAUCAUCCACCGAAACAGACCCGAUUUGAUCGACUGGCGCACCGUCAAAACGCAAAGAGCCAGCGAGCGCAUGGAAACGGCCUUCUACAUCGCCGAAAGAGAAUACGGAGUCACCAGACUGCUGGAUCCAGAAGAUGUUGACACUCAUGAACCCGAUGAGAAGUCACUCAUUACGUACAUCUCCUCUUUGCACGAGGUCUUCCCCGAGCCACCCGCCAUCCACCCCUUAUACGACUCGGGUGCCCAACAACGCGUCUAUGAAUACCGCGAGCUGGCCUCCUCGCUCCACAUCUGGAUACGCGAGAAGUACAGCUUGAUGCAAGACCGCUCAUUCCCCAACACGCUCAUCGAGAUGAAAAAGAUCGCCACGGAACUCUCAAGAUUCCGUACAGACGAGAUUCCACCAAGACAGAGGGACAAGAAUUACCUCACCCAGCUGUUCCGCGACCUGGAGAAGUACUUCAAGCAGAUCGGCGAAGUGGACGUGGAGCCCGAACUCCACAUCGACAAUAUCGAAAGAAAUUGGCAGAGGCUCAUGGGCGCGUACCAGGAGCGCGACCGGCAUAUACAAGACGAGAUCAAGCGGCUGGAAAAGCUGCAGAGGUUAGCCGAGAAGGUCCACCGCGAAAUCAAACAGACCGACGCUGGAUUGGACACAAUCGAGCGUACGAUAGGGAACGAGUCGAGGAGGAUCGAGCGAAUGCAUCCCCUCGAAGCUAAAAAGAUCGCGGAUCAGUUGGACCAAGAUUUGGCCAACGCGGAAGCCAGCAUUCAAGGGCUGACUGGAGAUGUUAGCACUUUGAGGAACGGGCGGUACCCGCAAGCCAGCGAAUUGGACAAAAGAGUGAAGAAUUUGCACGAGAGGUGGGUCCAUUUGAGGCGGCUGUUGCACAACAAGAUCGUGGGACCGCUGUCCAACCUUAGUUUCCCGGUGGAGGAGCGGACGGUCACGAAGCACAUUAGGACGGUUCAAGAAACGAGGAACGUGGAGACGAACCCGCACUUCCGGUCCUUGCAGGAGCACAUCGAGUGGUGCAAGAGUAAAUUGAAACAACUGAAGAAGGCCGAUUAUGGAAACGAUCUUCAGUCGGUUCAAGCCGAGCGCAAUUUCCACCAGAACGAACACAAGCACAUCGACCAGUACCACUCCAAGGUGGAAGUUUGCGUUAAAGCCCGUCAAUACUUCAGCGGGGAAGAAUUAGCUCUCUACAAUCAGCAUUUGGGUCAGCUGCAGAAGGUCUACGCCGACUUGCUGUCCUUCUCGACGAAUAGAAUGACCGACUUGGACACUCUGUACGACUUUAUCCAAUCCGCGACCGCCGAGCUGCAGUGGUUGAACGAAAAAGAGGAAGUCGAAGUGACGAGAGAUUGGAGCGAUGUGAAGAUGAACGUGAAUUCCGUGGAGAAAUACUACGAGAGUUUGAUGAAUAAACUCGAGAAGCGCGAGGACCAAUUCAACGGUAUCCAGGAGCGCGGCGAGUUCCUCACCCAACAACAAAACCACCCAGCGACUAAGGCGAUCGAGGCUCACAUCGCGGCCAUGCAGGGACAGUGGGCGUGGCUUCUCCAGCUCACCCAUUGCCUCGAAACCCAUCUCCAGAACACCCGCACGUAUCAGCAGUUCUUCAAGGACGUGCAAACGGCCGAAGAGUGGCUCAAAGAGAAAGACGACGUUAUGAAUACCGAGUUCAGUCAAGGUGACUUCAGCUUGGACGUCGGUGAGAAACUCCUCCAAGGCAUGCAGACUCUCAAAGACGAACUCAACUCCUUCGGGGACCAAGUCCAAACCCUGAUCGCUAGGUCCCAGGAAAUCGUUCCGUUGAAGCAGAGGCGACAGCCGGUGACUCGAGCACUCACCGUCGUCUCCAUCUGCAAUUACAAACAAAACAAUUUUGUGAUAGAGAAAAACAAGGAAUGCACCUUGACGGACAAUUCCGGCCGCAUCAAGUGGCGCGUGCACAACGAAAAGGGUAUCGAAGCCCAAGUUCCAGGCGUCUGUUUCGUCAUCCCGCCCCCAGACAAGGACGCCAUCGACGGUGCUGAGCGCCUACGACGCCAAUACGACAGGUCGAUCGCUCUAUGGCAGAAAAAACAGCUGCGAUUGAGGCAGAACAUGAUCUUCGCCACCAUCAAGGUGGUGAAGGGGUGGGACCUGCCCCAGUUCAUUGCCAUAGGGGCCGAACAGCGCAAUGCCAUCAGGAGGGCGCUGAACGAAGACGCUGAUAAGAUCAUGGCCGAAGGGGAUCCGUCCGAUCCCCAGCUGCGACGACUGAAACGCGAAAUGGACGAAGUUAACCGACUUUUCGACGAAUUCGAGAAGAGGGCCCGAGCGGAAGAGGAAAGCAAAAACCAAACCCGCAUCUUCAACCAGCAGGUUUCCUCUCUCCAACAAGCUUUGGACGAAGCCGAGCGCAUCAUAAACAAGCGCGUCAUAGCUCACUUACCCAGAGACAUCGACACGCUUCAGCACCUGGUCCUCGAACACAAAGAAUUCGAAUCGCGGCUCCAAAACCUGGAACCCGAGAUCGAACAGGUGAAAGACACCUUCCGAAGCAUAACCCUGAAGACCCCUCAACACAAAAAGGACCUGGAAAAGGUCCUCGACAAGUGGAAGUACAUCUGGAACACGAGCAGCCUCUACAUCGAGCGCCUCAAGUGCAUAGAAAUCGUCUUGAAUGGCAUGGAAGACUCUACUUUGGUGAUUUCCGAGUUCGAGAGCAAGCUGGCCUUGUUUAACGAGUUGCCAAGCACGGAGAAGGGGCUGGAAGGUGUCCAUGAUGACCUUUUGAAGUUGCAAUCGGCGGUGGGUCAGCAGCAGAUCGCGAUGGACCAGCUGAACGACGAUUUUGAUAACACGAGGAGGUUGACGGAGAAGUCGAGACCUAACCAGCGCGGUCCUCACACGGAUGUUGAGCGACUAGAGAAAGAAAUCCAGAAGUUGAACAGCAGGUGGAGCAACGUGUGUUCGCAGUUGGCUGAUAGGUUGCGCGGUUGCGAGCAAGCGUACAACCUCUUGAAGAACUACAAGAAGCCUAAGGAGAGUGAGGACUCGUGGUUGGACGAACAGUACGGAAAGUUAGAGAACUUGCAACCGAUUAAAGAUAGAGCUAAGGAACAUCUGGAAGCCACAAGGAAUUUGUUGAAUAGCGUCUACGAACGCGCCCCCGUCAUCGAACAAGUGAACGUCAAUGGAGGCAGGUUCAUCCGAGAGGGGAAGAUCUGGAGCAAGGGGCUGCAGAGGUUCAGGGAGGCGCUUCUGGAGUCGCAGCCGUCGCUGGACGCGAAUGCGGCCUUCAGGAGCAAGGACAGCGGGCCGAGCGGUGCAGACGUCGUCGCCAAAGAGUUGGACGACCUGAACGCUAGGUACCAGUACCUGAUUGAUGCGUUGUAUGGGCGGCUGCAGGAGAUCGCGGCGAGGUCUCCAGGGGACAUCGUAACGUUGAGACUCAUCGAACAGAUGCAGCCACGCCCACACCGGACCUUCCGGUCCGAAUUCCACAUGAGCAGCGCCAGCGAACACACAUCCUCCUACACCACCACGACGCACUUCAGCAAACAGUACAUCCAAACGAAACCGGUCCGCACCGAAAACGGUACCACCAUCACCAUAACAGACACCGUAGAUCGCCCCCAAGUUAAUGAAGGUGACACUAUAUCCAACGGGAGACCCCCCGAUAAGUACACCACGAAAACCCAGAUCAUCCAAGAGUCCCAAAACUGGGGCAAUACUAUGCAGUUUACCGAAAUCAAGUCUUUGAAACGCGUACACAAAGUCCACGAAGGUAUCGGUACUGAAGAUAUAACAGACACCCCUGGAAUAGUCAACCCGUACACGGGGGAGGUCAUUACCGUACGCGAAGCCAUUUCUGCCCGGAUCCUGGACGGGAGGACCGGGAAGAUCGUGAUUUCGAGCGACGGGACGCAAGUUACCAUCGAGGAGGCUUUGAAGAUGGAGGUGAUCGAGCCGAAGAUAGCCGAAGGGUUGUAUAGUCCGUGCGGGAUUUACGAAGACGGAAGAGAAUUAACCUUGUUGGAAGCGAUACAGAGGAAGAUUUACGAAGCUGAGCACGGAUUCGUGGACCCGUCGGAGAAACGGGUAAAGGUAACGCAUUCGUCGACGAUCAGCCAAGCGAUCGAUGAUGGGAAAGUUGAUGUCAAUUCCGGAACGUACAGACUGGAGUCGGGAGAGACGAUUGAUAUCAAAGAGGCGUACAGAAGGGGGUACCUCUUGCAGCACACGGAAGUUAAAUUACAGACAGGAGCUAUGGCGCUGUCGGAUGCGAUUACCCAAGGGUUGAUCGAUGACAGGACGGGUUGGAUCGUGGAUAGAAACUCGGGAAGUAAAUAUCAGAUUGAUGCCGCGGUUAAAACGAACGUUGUUGAUGGAGAUAUACGCGAAGUCGUCGAUCCAAGGACCGACAAUAAGCUCACAGUCAUCCAAGCCAUCGAUCAAGGGCUUAUUAACCCCAAGCUGGGCAAGUACGUGUAUUUCCAUGAAAAACUUUCGUUCCUUGAGGCGAAACGUCGCCAGUUGAUCGUUAAACCCAAAACGUUGAAAGAGGUGGUCGACGAUGGCUUGAUGGACGAGUCUGGGAAAAUCCUUUUCCCUCCUCACACGGUCCGCUUAUCCAUCCUAGAAGCCGUAGCUCGCGGCGUCCUAGACGUAGACUCCAUCAAAUCCAUCUUGGAUUUCCGCAGAAACGAACUAGUCACUUUAGGCGACGCUCUUAAAGAAGGCAUUAUCACUCCGGAUGGUCAUUUCCAAAAUAACGUAACUGGAGAAAUGUUGCCCAUUCAAGAGGCGGUUAGUCGUGGUUAUAUCAUCUCGGUCGUGAAAAAGUCAAUCUUUGAUGUUGACGCCUUCCAACCCCCGGAUAAAUCCGACCAUAUUAGCUACAACGCGUCAAACGCGAAAGGGUACAUUAGCAAAAAAUCGAACGGUAGUCUUUUGACCAACUCAAAAACCGGCAAACUCGUUCCCUUCUCCGAGGGCGUCAAAACCGGCGAAGUUAAACCCGAAGUGUACGACAUGCUCACGCGCAAAAUCGGUAUUUUCGAAAACCAAAAAGAAUUGACGGUGCUUGAAGCGGUUUUUCGCGGUUACAUCGAUCCUCGAACGGGUAACUUGAUCGACAUUUCGCGCAACGAAGUCGUUUAUCUGAACGAAGCCAUCGCGCAACAUUUGAUAACGCCAGAGGGUGCCGCCAUGUUGAACAGUCUCUUAAAUUUGAACGUAUCGACGCAAGUUACGCGUACGUUGGUGCAGAGAUACGUGACGGUUUCGAACAAGGAGAUAAAGUCUACGCAGUUGACGUACACGCAAGCGUUGAGGUUGGGGUUGAUUGAUAACGAGGAUCAGACUUUCAAGGAUCCGGAUACCGAGGAAGUGAUUCCAAUCGUUCAGGCUAUUAGCGAAGGUAAGUUGGCUCCGGAUUCGGAGAAUUCGGACCAGGUGAUUAGUAGUACGGGUACCAUUCCAAGAAAUUCCACUGUUAUUACGAUUACGAGUCGUAAAGAAGUUCCUAUUGACGUUAAAAAGACAGAUGCUCAAACUGCUACUACUGAUUUAUUGGUUAGUGAGAAAAGUGCCUCCGAAAAACAAGUUUAUGAGUUACCGAUUGAGGGGUGGUCUUUGGAAGACGCCAUCAAACAAAAGUUGUUUGAUCCGGUUACGGGACUGUUUAUUAUUCCGGGUACUGAUAGAUUGACGAGUCUUCAAGAAUGUAUUACUCUUAAAUUAAUCAAUCCGGCUUCUGCCGUCGUUGUUGACCCGUCGAACCAACGCAGAGUCAGUCUGGUGAAGAGUUUAAGCAAAAAGAUUCUUGACGACACGGGUCACUACACGUUAGGGAUCGACAAAAUCACCAUGAAAGAAGCAAUUAGCAAAGAACUUAUCUUGUUUGAGAGUCAAAUGGAGGUGGAAACAACCACUCAGCGCCUACUACAAAUUACGAAGUUCGACGGUAGACCCGACAAAGUCGAGGUUUCGAACGUUUUGGAUAAUCAUCCUCCUACAUACACCGAGGUCAAGAUGACCGAUGACAAAGAAACUCAGCUCGUGCAACUUCAACCAAACGUGAUCUACGACCCAUCAAGUGCACUUGUAAUUAAUCCGGACACUAAUCAAACAACCACGUUACUGCAAGCGAUCCAAAGCAACCAAAUUCCCGCGAAUUCCGUUACAGUUAAAGACCCACACACCGGCAAAGAAAUCCCGGUGAGUGAGGCCAUCAGGCGCAACAUCGUAGAUAAAGACACCGGCGACUACACCAACAAGUCCGGUCACAAGAUAAGCCUAGUAGAUGCUGCCAAAUAUGGAGUUCUGACGGUGGUCGGUGCACCCAUUGCAGCCACCUACACCGUCAUUAAAGCGUUCAAAACCUACGUCGUGGAUCCGAAAUCUGGAGAGAAAAUCCCGGCCGAAGUGGCUUUGCAGCGUGGGGUAAUCGGCCAAGACGAGUUUAAUAAAUUGCAAUCGCAGGCUUUUAUCGAGGAGUCUCGGUCUCCGUCGCACGCCUACGCCACCGUCACGCCCACCGUAACCAGCACCAUCACGGUGACGGACCCCAAAACUAACAAGACUUACACAGCACACGAAGCACUGCAACAAGGGGUGAUCACUCCACAGCAAUACGACCAGGUGAUGCGUACCCCCAUGGAGGUGGACGACGACGUGGAGGAACCCUCAGAGGCCGAAAAAACCCGAGCAAGAAUCACCAUCGAACCCACGUAUAAGGUCACAAUAGGGCGAGCACAGUCGUUGAGCCCCGAGCGUGAAGCCAAGAGAGUGAUAUUACAAAAAUUGCGCAAAAAGAUUGUAAAACCCAAGGACGCGGUGGAAAAAGGGAUGAUCGACCCAGACACCGCUAAGCUUUUAGACAAAAAAGAAAACUUUGUGUCUCCGAGUGGCGAAACCUUGACUCUGAAAGAAGCCCUAGAUUCUAAGAAAGUUGACGGAGAUAAAGGCAAAAUUAUUGACCCUCAACGUGGCGAUCUGCUAACGAUCAACGAAGCGAUCGUCCGCGGUAUUUUAGAUCCCGAAAGCGCCAACAACGAGUUGCUCGUGCCGCUUAACCGAAGUUUAUCGAUUCCCGAGUUGUUCCAACAAGGCCUUAUUGACCCCCACAGCCACAAGGUUGUGCAUCCAGAAACUGGUGCUCACUUAAGUAUUAGCGAAGCAAUCGUCUGUGAUAUCGUAGAUCCGUUAAGUACUUUAACUGAACACACUGGUGCUAAAGUCACUCUUGAGCAGGCUCUUGAGAGUGGCGUUGUUGACGAUGAAAAAGCGACCGUUAAAACGAGUAGAGGUAGUGUAGAUUUGCGAGAAGCUGUUAAAGAUAAGAUUUUCGACGAAAGAGUGCCUUCCGGUCCUGCGACGUUACCAAAGGCUGGUUUGACAUUCCCUGUAGCUGUAAAGUUAGGGUUAGUAGAUGCGGAUAAGAAGGAAUUUGAACAUCCCAUUACGAAAGAGCGGAUUCCGCUUAAAGACGCUAUCGAAGAAGGGGUCAUCAUGGCGGUGCCGUUCCCUGUGAAACCUGAGUGUGUGGAAAUUGAGGAUGCGUUAGACGGUAAGUUGAUUGAUACAGAGAACGGUACCUUCAAGGACCCCAAAAGCGGAGAAGUCCUACCCGUGACGGAAGCCGUAGAGAAAGGACUUUUAGUGAUCAAACAUUAUCCAAUUGCUGUUAGUGCAACCCCCGUUACUACCGUCACUGAAACUGUUAAUACAGUACACACAGUAACCACCAGAACGAUCGAACUCUUGUCCGGUUAUAGUCUCGUUAGCACUACCGAAGUUCUAAACACACAGACCGGCCAAAUCAUAUCCAUCGAAGAAGCCCGCAAGCAAGGAAUUGUGAUCAACGACAAAGAAACCAAGAACACCACUACACUGAAGGACAUCAAGAUGUCGUUCUCGGACGCUUUGAACCGAGGUCUUGUUGACAUGACGGCUGGUACUUUCACCGAUCCUAACUCAGGCGAGAAAAUCCUGAUCAAGGAGGCUCUCCAAGACGGCAAACUUUCAGCAACACCCGUUGAAGACUCCCAGUCUAAUAAAACCACAGAACUAAACAUCGCACAAGCUUUUGACACCAUUUACGACGAAACCACGAACAAGUUCCAAGACCCGAACGACCCUCACAAAGCACUAACGUUCGAGGAAGCCGUCAAGAAGGAAAUCAUCGACCCGAACUCGGUCGUUUACGAUGUCGCCUCUCAAAAACCUAUCACCGUCGAACAAGCGGUAGAAAAGGGCUUGAUCGACGCUCAAACCGGUAAGGUACAUGACCAAAAGACCGGGAAGUCCAUCGAUUUUAAGGAGGCCACCAAGAAAGGUUUGAUUGCCGUACUAGGAGGGUUGGCCAUGCCAGUAGUUGCGCCGGUUCUGGCGGGGGCUGCUGCCGUCAAAGCUGUGAAAGAUUAUGCAGAGAAAAAGAAAGAUAAGGCGAAAGAAAAAGUUAAAGAACUUCCGAAGCAAAAGGUUGAGAUUACCGUGAUCAGGAACGUUCUAGAAAGCAGCGAAGAGGAAGUGAAAACGAAAACUUCGGUCAUUGAGGAUAAGUUCGAGGAAAUUGACGUUGUUGGGGAUAAAAUGCCUCUAGGUGACGCUUUAGCUCAAGGAAGAAUUGUGCCCGAAGUUUGUCGCAUCACAGUAGACGGAAAAGAGUUGCCGUACACCAUACAAGACGGAUUAAAACAGAACAAACUCUCACCCAUUGAUCUUGUUCAGAUUAUUGAUAAAACUUCGGUAGUAUUGAUUGAACACCCGCCGACUGCAAUGUUGGCCAUUUCUAAAGAUGUGACGCCACAAAAAUUAGCGGAAUUGGGCUGCUUCGACUUGAAGUCACGUCGUUUCAUCGAUCCUCAGACCCGUGAUAACAUCACAUUCCAAGAAUUUAUCUACGGUCUCGACCUUUUCAAUCCGAAUGCGAUUUUAGUGAAAGAUUUAACCAGCAAACCACCAGUAUACGUUACUUUGGACGAGGCUAUCACUAGGCCGCUUAUAGACAAAAACACAGGCUACAUGGUGGACCCCAAGACUGGUAAAAGGGUCCCAUUCUUCGAAGCCGUGAAGUUACGGUGGAUCAUAGAUGUCAGAGAUAAACCGAAAGAAAAAUAUCAACCUCUAACUCUCGAGGAAAUUGUAGACACUGAUGAUUUCGAUCCGGUCAAAGUCGAAGUGAAAUCGAAAGACGAAACAAUUCCGUUAAACAAAGCCUUGAUGACGAAUCUUGUUGACCCGAAAUCCGUUACGAUUCGUGAUGAGAAGAACAUGCAGCUGAUUCCGUACUACGAAGCAAUCGACAAACAGAUUGUCGAUCCGCAAAGAGCAUUAGUUUUAAACACUGCUACUCAAAAAACCAUGACAUUCCCCGAAGCUUUCCUCCACGGUUUCGUUCGGGCUUUACCCAGACCCAUCACUUUAGAAGCUGUAAUUUGUAAAGGCUUGUAUGAUCCAGAAACUGCCACUAUUAUUGAUCCCAUAACUAGACAAUCCCUCGUGGUACCUGAAGCUAUCGACAGACAUAUCCUCGACGAUAAAAUCAGCGAAGUCAAAGAUACGAAAGCUGGUACUUUCGUUCCACUCGACGAAGCCCUGAAAACUAAUUUAGUUCAAGACGGAAAACUAAAAGACACCAAAUCUGGGCAGCUGGUGCCGCUUAACCAAGCUCUGGACCGACAACUUAUUCGUAGCAAACCCAUAGUAUUUAACCUCCUGCAGGCACUACUCUCGAACUACUACCUGCCUCGUUCAGGUACCAUCUUGAAUCCUAUCACCGGCGAAGAAAUCACAUUACAGAAAGCUAUUGAGUACAAACUCGUCGACCCCGUAACUACCCGAAUUAAGGACAACAAGCGUGGAAGAAUAGUAGAAUUGAAAGAAGCGAUUCAGAGUAAUUUGGUAGACCCAGAAAAAGGUAUUCUCACCGAACCCAUUCUACCUCUAGACCAAGCCUACCUCAAGGGCUACAUUCUAAGCACAGUCCUUCCCUGGUCUCUACAAGAAACUUUAGCACAGAAAGUGUACGACCCGAAGACCGGUCAAUUCACGGUCAACAACGCGAACAUCACUCUAGUACAGGCCAUCGAAGGGGGUGUAGUUAAUCCCAACGUUCUCACAGUCAAAGAUCCGCGUUCGGGCGACAUCAUCACCUUAAACGAUGCGAUCAGUUUAAGAAUUAUAGACCCAGUGAAGGGUCAAGCAUACGACCCGUUGACUAACACGGAACACAACUUGUAUGACGCGCAAGAUCGGGGCUUAAUUGUGCCCUACAAGAGCCAAAUCACGCUACCCGAGGCUGUUUUCAAAGGCUUCUACGACCCAGCGACCGGGAAAUUCAUCAACCCUAAGAGUAAAGAGAGAUUGAGGACCGAAAGCGCCAUUAAUCGCGGGUAUGUAGAUACGUCGUCUACCCUCGUGACGAUCGACGAGGAACUAGUUACUUUCGAGCAGGCUGUGGUUGAGGGGUACAUAGAUACCGUAGAAGGGGUUGUUAUUAGCUCGCGACACGAACCUAUCGACUUCAACGAAGCUUUCGAACGCGGGUUACUCGUAGAAGUGGGUCCUCCGAUCCCUCUAAGCGAAGCUAUAGCGAAAGGUCUAUACGACGAAGAGUCGCAGUUGUUCUUGGACCCUCAAACCGGCAACUACUUGACUUUGAUCGAAGCUAUCGAGAUUAACUUGAUCGAUGCAGACUCGGUUAGCAUUAAGGACACUAGAGUGGGAGUGUGGCGAAAGAUCCCUCUGGUGGACGCUAUUCAUAACGGUUACGUUGACGGAAACACCGGGAACGUUAAGGACUUUUCACAGGGCGAGAAUUACGAGGUUUCUUUGCAGAAAGCAUUCCAUUUGGGUAUUUUGGUAGAUAAUAAGGCUGCGGUUUCUUUGCAACGCGCAAUUCACCAAGGGUUGUACCAUGAACCGACCGGGAAAGUCGUCGAUCCUCACACCGACCGCAAAAUCACUUUGCACGAAGCCAUUCGUAAGUUCAUCGUCAAUCCGUUGCUACCGGUGUACUUUGAUAAGAAACGCGGUAAAUUGGUCACACUGACGGAUACGUGUAGGUUAGGCAUCGUCGAUAAACGUAACGGGGUCUUUAGAGACCCUUGCACUGACGAAGUAAUGAAAUUGAGUGAAGCGUUAGACAGAGGGUUGAUUGUGGACAUUGAAACCGCCAAUUUCGGGUUAUAUGAAGCCAUAGACAUGGGUCUGUACGAACCGGACGACGGAAUGUUCGUGCACCCAGCCACCGGUCGCAAGUUCACUCUUAAAGACGCGUGUACCAACGAGUUGGUCAAUCCUGUAACCUCCCUUGUUAAAAAUAGCAAACAAAAUAAAUACAUCCCGCUAACUGAAGCUGUAGAAAUUAAAUUAAUCGACCCAGAAUUGGGGAUUUUCAUUCUUCCAAACGGUAACUCAAUCACGUUGCUGGAAGCCAAACGUAAAGGCUUGAUCGUAACGGUUAGACGCAACCUAACUCUAGAAGAGGCCAUCCGCAACGGUUUAUACCGACCGGAUUCUGGUAAGUUCGCUGAUCCUCUCAACGCUGAGUUCUACGACAUAUCCCAAGCGCUUGUUAACAAUUUAAUCGACCCAACAACCACCGCGUUCAAGGAUCCUUUCAGCGGUAGUAUUAAAUCUAUUCCUGCGGCUAUCCAAGACGGUAAGAUCGAUACCGACAAAGGCCGCGUUUUGGAUGCCAAGUCUAAACAAACCUAUAAUUUCGAUGUCGCUCUAGAAAAAGGUAUUUUAGUCACUUUGGAUAAACCUUUAGCCGAAGAUCUCAUACAAAAGGUGCACACUGAUUCCGUUAAGGCGUCAAAAACGGCACGCGAAUGUACCCUCGAAGCCGCGAUCAAAUUCGAAUUGGUCGAUCCGCAAAAAGCCGUCAUCAAAGACUUGCAGACCGGUAAGUUCAAAAUCGUACAGGACGCUCUCGAAGCUAAAGUUCUCGACCCCGACAAAAUGGUCGUUUUCGAGCCACAGAAAGACAAUGUUAAAUCGCGCGUCGCUGUGUAUGAUCAAAACGUGAACCUUUACCUUCAAGAACCCCUCACUUUCCUCCAAGCCAUCGAAUCGAAUCACCUCGAUGUUAGUACCGGUAAGUUUACCGAACCGCAGUCGAAGGAAGUCCUGUCGUUGAAAGACUCGCUCAGUUUGGGCUUCAUCGACCCCGACACUGCUUUAAUCAAAGACGGCAAUAAGAAAAAAUUGAUAAAGCUUCCUGAAGGCUUCAGAAAGGGCCUCAUAGACGCCGACAAAGCCAACGUUCUUGAUAGUUCAACGUCGAAACUGUAUCCUCUCCCGACGGCUAUAGACAGUGGCUUGUUGAUAACGCCAUCUCGUGGCUUCACGCUCAUCGAAGCCAUCAUUUACGGCUUAUACAACCCGACGACCGGGGGAUUCACUUGCCCGUUCACCACUACGUCGAUUAUCGAUAGGAAGCGUCUAACUUUGGACGAGGCCAUCACGGAUAACUUGAUAGACCCAUCUAGUACAGUAGUCAAGGAUCCGGAAAGUGGAGGCGUGGUGCCUCUUCUGCACGCUAUCGACGCCAAACUCGUUAACGCUGUGGAUGGUAGGAUACGAGAUCAGAGCGGCGAUAAAGACAUCGAUUUUAUUAAAGCUCACGAAAAGGGUUUGAUAUUGCCUGCAGAACAAAGGCAAGCCGUCGAGGAGAAAUACAAAUUGUGUGACGAAACUCUUUCGAAACUCCUGCAAUGGAUCGGCGAAGUCGAAGACAAGAUCGCCUCGCAGGACGCCAUCCACGAGGUCGAGGAGGACUUGCGCAACAAGAUCAACACGAUGAAACAGAUCAGAGACGAUCUCGACCAGCAUUCGAGCCAAGUUGCACAUUGCGGAGACCAAGUCCGACAGCUGGUACUAACAGCAGGCGAUGUCCUCUCGAAGAGCGAAGUGUCUGCUUUGGAAAAGAGCGGCCGCAACUUGAAAACACGCUACGACAAAGCCGCCGAUCGAACCGAACGAAUACUGAGAAAGUUACUCUCAGCUAAAGACGAACUAGCGAAACUCAAAGGCGAAAUCAACAUCUUCUCGGAAUGGUUGGGUAAAGCCAGACGAGUCUUGGAAGACAAAGAACGAGCACUGAGCGACCUACAGCGCCUGGAUUCGAGUGCGGACAGCACGAAAGAGUUCGUGAGCGACGUCAUCGCCCACCAAGGUGACCUCCGGUUCAUCAACAUGUCGGCACAAAAGUUCUUCGACGAGGGAAAGGAAUACUUGGCUCUCUUGAACGACUUCCGCACCUCUCUGCCAUCACGCUUGCACCACAUCGAACCCAUUUCCGCCCAGGACUCCCCGGUCCGCAGCGAAGUGUCCAUAGUGGGUCAACAAUACCGCGAUCUCUUAAGCCGAGCGAACAACCUCUCGGACAGGUUAUCAGGCGUCGGAGGCCGCCAACGCGAAUACAGCGACGCCGUAGAUAAAGCCAAGCAGUGGCUGCGUGAGGCGGAACCUCGAGCCUUGAAAGUCCUAGACGAACCCGUUGGAGGUGAUCCGAAAUCCGUCGAAGAUCAACUCAAUCGGGCCAAAGCCCUCAACAACGAAUUCGUGGCCAAUGGCCGCCUCAUCGACAACGCCAAGCAGGCCACCGAUGCCCUUCUGCAUUCGCUCCAAGGCCAAAUCUCCCCGUCAGAAAUAUCCCGGCUUGAACAACCCGUCAUCGAACUCGAACAGAAGUACGUCCAAUUAAGCAAUGCUCUGGCCGAUCGUUGCCAGGAGUUGGACACCGCGCUGGUGCAGUCCCAAGGGGUCCAAGACGCCCUUGACAGUAUCAUUUCGUGGUUGAAUUCCUCAGAGAGUCAGUUCAAGAACAUGCAGAGACCUGCUUCGUUGAUUAAAGACCGUCUCGACGAGCAACUGCGCGAACACCGGGUCUUCCAGUCGGACAUAGACACCCACAUCUCGUCUAUCGACUCGGUGUACUUAUCAGCGAGUGAACUGAUCGCAUCCUCGAGCAACGCUCGAGUAGCUAAGAAGAUCGAAACGAAGUUGAACGACGUGAAGGCCAGAUUUGAAAAGUUGUUCGACAGGGCGCAGAAACGGGGCGAGUUCCUCGAGGAAGUAAACAAAGGGUUGACCGUGUUUAUCGCCGGUGCUACCCAAUUCGAACAAUGGCAUGCUAGUAUUGUCGAAAUAAUCGAGUCGAGGGAGUUCACCAAGUUAUCCAUUGAGGAGUAUGCGGCCCGUAUGCAAGAGAUUGCUGCGAAUCGGGACGACAAGAGGCCAUUAUUCGAGGAAGUUGUAAGAGGUGGCAAAGAUUUGUUGAGCAAGAGAGACACUACGGACACCAACAAUGUGAGGGACAGAGUGAAAUCGAUGGAGAACCAAUGGCGCGAACUCGGCAACCUCCUUGACGAGAAACAGAAGUUGUCGAAACAGAGAUCCGAACAGUUGAAUGCGUAUGAGACGUUGCGCGAGCAAGUGACCGAUUGGUUGAGUCGGUUCGAGAACAGAAUCGCGCGACUUGAAAUUGUCGCCAUAGAUAUCGAAACCCUGAAGAAACAGAACGAGGAACUUAAACCGAUUACGAAAGAGUACAAAGAUUAUUCCUCGACCAUAGACAAAGUCAAUGAUGUGGGAGCCGCGUAUGAUAAUUUGAUAAGAGGAGAUCGCCCAGAUUCACCCACGAAGCGCAGAAGCCAAGUUUACAGUCCAACUAAGCGUGGAUACAGGCCACAAGAUGCCCGUUCCCCGUCGCCAACCAAGGGUUUGAGUCCCCUCUCACCGGGAGGUUCCAGUGGAUUCUCGUCCCGUCGUUCCAGUCAAGACGGUUUCCACCUAGAAGAACUUUCGCCUGUCCAGCAACAACUGUCCGAGAUUAAUAACCGAUACUCCUUACUUGGUGUUAAAAUCAACGACCGACAAUCAGAAAUCGACUCGAUUCGCGACGAGUUGAAGAAACAUCUAGACAGUUUGAAGACUUUGAGCGCUUUCUUGGAUCGCGUCCAACGACAGCUCCCCAAAGACAUCGUUCCGUCAACCAAAGACGAAGCCGACAAACUCAACCGCCAAAUCAAGCAGGUUCUUGAAGAAAUGUACGAAAAGCAGUCUCUACUCGACUCCACCAAGAGCCAAGUCAAAGACUUGCUCAGACGCAAACCUGGUGCUACCGGUGCCGACAACCUCAACGACGAACUUGAAGACGUGGUUUCGCAUUGGAAGAGCGUCAGCGAUCACUUAAAGAACCGAAUCAAGUUUAUGGAAGAUAUGAAGGAGUUCCACGAUACACAUGACUCGCUUUCGUCGUGGCUUUCCGCCAAAGACCGCAUGUUGACGGUUCUUGGACCGAUUUCGAGCGACUCGCGAAUGGUGCAGUCACAAGUCCAACAAGUCCAAGUCUUACGGGAAGAAUUCCGUACGCAACAACCGCAACUCCAACACUUGAUUGACGUAGGCGAUUCUGUUCUGACUUACUUAGACCCACGCUCACCCGACGGGCAAAAAGUCAACAACAAGUUGGCGAGCAUCCAGCAGCGGUGGGCUGACCUUUUGAGCAAAUUGGAAGAGCGUGCGGAUUCUUUGGGUGCCGCUGCUGAUACCAGUCGAGAGUUCGAUGCCCAAUUGACCCGACUAAGAGACGCUCUUCAAGGAAUUUCAGACAACUUGGAUGAACUUCCAUUAGAUAAAGAUCCUGAAGAGCAGCUGCGCAAAAUUGAGAACCUCGAGCGACAGUUGGAAGGACAGAGACCUUUGUUGGCUGACUUGGAAGCUGCUGGGGCUCAAUUGUGUGACGUUUUGAGUGAUCCAGCAUCACGGGCGGACAUUCAAGGUAAAUUGGCAUCCAUAGGGCGACAGUACAACGCUUUGCAGAAGAAACUCGACCACAAGAAAGCCGAAAUUGAAGGGUCGUUGCGCGACGGACGACAAUUUGAGGCUUCAUGUGCCAAGACCUUAGGAUGGUUGUCUGAUGAGUUGGGGUCGCUAUCUGAGAAGUUGCUUAUUUCAGCCAUGCGCGACAUCUUGGAGCAACAGUUGGCCCACCAUGAGCCCGUCUACAGAGACGUGCUAGCUCGCGAACACGAAGUGAUCAUGUUACUCAACAAAGGAAGAGAUAUGUUAGCUAGGAAUAACAGGAGCGAUUCGAGGUCUCUUCAAAGAGACUUGGACAAGAUCCAGCAACAAUGGGAGAAACUCCGCAAGGAAGCCGUCGACCGUCAAACCCGGCUCCAGACUUGCAAAGAGCACUGCCGCAAGUACUACCGCGUUUUGGAAAGUUUCCUACCUUGGUUGCGUCAAGCGGAAGACAAACUAGACACCUUGAAACCAUCAUCGUUCCAACGCAAACACAUGGAGAAACAACUUAAAGAACUCCAAGCCUUCCGCAACGAAGUGUGGAAAAAAUCGGGCGAGUACGAAAACACUCGAACCCUCGGCGAUACGUUCGUUUCCGCUUGCGACAUCGAUAAAGAAGUGGUGAAGAACGAACUAACCGACUUGAAAGAGCGCUGGGACAAACUCAACAACGACUUAAUCGAGCGCACGCAAGCCCUCGAGGACCAGUCACGCAAACUCUCUGACUUCAACGAGAACAUUCGAGAUCUCCAGCACGGUUUGGAGCGCUGCGAAGACAAACUCGCGUCACACGAUGCUCUUGGUGGUGCCGCUCGCGACCCCAAACUCCUCGAACGCAUCAAGGCCCUUCGCGAAGAAACCGCCAAACUCAAGAAACCAUUACAGGUCGUAAAACAACAAGCACAGGACCUCGUCGGCGAGGCGGCCCAAAACGGAAUCGACGCCCACCAUUUGGAGGACGAAGUUGACAGCUUGGGUGACCGCAUCGACGAACUCCAGAGCAAACUCGACGAUAGAUGUUCCGAAUUGCAAUCUGCUGCCACAGCCGUGACGCAGUUCAACGACCAAGUCAAAGCUCUCUCGCACGAUUUGUCGGGUCUGGAAACAGAACUCGACGACAUGAAGGCACCGGGUCGGGAUUUGAAGACGGUGCGUGGUCAGAUUGAUGACGUCACUAAGUUCUUGAAUAAGAUCAACAAGGCUACUGAUGACGUCAACGACGCUAUAAGUUCAGGCGAGCGAUUGGUGGAUAGUGGGUUUGCUCCGGAUACGGCGCAGACACGCCAGCAAGUGGAGAGUUUGCGCAAGCAGUUGGGAAAACUUGACGACCGGGCUAGGAGCCGCGAGCAGAGUCUCGAAGACAUCCACAAGAAACUGGAAGAUUUCUACUUGGCACACGCUAACGUGUUGGACGACAUACAUGAUGCUUCGGAUCAGUUGAGGAAGCUGAAACCGGUCGGCUCGGAAGUCGAUACUAUCAGAGCGCAACAACAAGAUUUCAAGAAGUUCAGAGCGAAAACUGUCGAACCUGUUGGUAAAGCCGUGGAAGGCUGUAACAGAGCUGGUCAAGGCCUUAUCCAAUCAGCUGCGCCAGGUGUGAACACAGCGACUCUAGAAAAAGACCUGGAGAAGAUGAACGACCAGUGGAACGACUUGAAAGAGCGUCUAAACGAUCGCGAAAGACGACUGGAUGUAGCGCUGUUACAGUCUGGUAAAUUCCAAGAAGCGUUGGACGGUUUGGCCAAAUGGUUAACCGACACUGAAGAGUUGGUCGCCAAUCAGAAACCACCAUCCGCUGACUACAAAGUGGUCAAAGCCCAACUCCAGGAACAGAAAUUCCUUAAGAAAAUGCUACUCGAUAGACAAAACUCCAUGUCGUCACUCUUCUCCAUGGGUAACGAAAUUGCAAAGGAAGCAGAACCAGCCGAGCGCAAAGCUAUCGAGAAACAAUUGAAGAACCUGAUUGGUCGCUUCGAUGCAUUGACAGAAGGAGCCCAGCAACGCACUCUCGAUUUAGAACAAGCCAUGAAAGUGGCCAAAGAGUUCCAAGACAAGUUGAUCCCGUUGCAAGAUUGGCUUGAUCGUAGCGAGAAGAAAGUCAAAGAUAUGGAACUCAUUCCGACCGACGAAGAGAAGAUACAGCAAAAGAUCCGCGAGCACGAUGCUUUACACAACGAUAUUUUGAGCAAGAAACCCGAUUUUAGAGAAUUGGCGGAUACAGCGUCGAACUUGAUGGCUUUGGUCGGUGAGGACGAGGCUGCUGGUCUUGCUGAUAAAUUACAAGAAGUGACCGAUCGUUACGGUGGUCUCGUGGACGCCAGUGAAAGGGUUGGACAGUUGUUGACCGACUCCAGGCAAGGUUUGAGACACUUGGUGCUCACUUACCAAGAUUUGGCUGCGUGGAUGGACAGCAUGGAACAUCGAUUGAACCGUUUCAAGGUUCUUGCGGUGCACACCGACAAACUACUUGAGCAAAUGGACGACCUCACCGGUCUUACCGAAGAAAUCUCCGGCCGUCAACAAGACGUCGAUGGCACCGUAGACGCAGGCGUAGAACUCAUGCGUCACAUUUCAUCUGAUGAAGCUCUUCAACUCAAAGAUAAGCUUGAUUCUCUCCAGCGUCGCUACAACGACCUCACAUCCCGAGGUGUCGACUUGCUGAAACACGCCGAAGAUAUGCUCCCUCUGGUGCAACAAUUCCACAACAACCACAACCGUCUUGUGGAAUGGAUGCAAGGUGCCGAGAGUGUCUUACAGUCGGCCGAACCUCACGAAGGUGAGAUCGCCCGUCUGGAAUUGGACCUCCAAGAACUAAGACCCGUUCUUGAACACAUCAACUUGCUCGGACCACAGUUGUGCCAAGCUAGUCCAGGAGAAGGCGCUUCGACUAUCGAAGGUCUCGUCACUAGAGAUAACAGACGUUUCGACGCUAUUGCCGAACAAAUUCAGCGUCGCGCCGAAAGGAUCCACCUCGGUAAGCAGAGAGCUCUUGAGGUUACCGGAGACAUCGACGAGCUUUUGGAGUGGUUCAGGGAAGUCGAAGGUCAGAUCAGAGAUGCCGAGAAACCUUCAGCCGAACCCGAUUUGAUCCGUGUGCAACUCAAAGAACACAAAGCUCUCAAUGACGAUAUUUCUAGUCAAAAGGGGAGAGUCAGAGACGUGCUCUCUACCGCCAAGAAAGUACUCAGGGAGAGUCCCCCGAGUGAAGACACCUCGCUCAUUCGUGAGAAGAUGGAGGACUUGCGCGAAAGCAUGGACACCGUGUCCGCUUUGAGUUCUGAUAGGUUAGGUAUUUUGGAACAAGCCUUGCCAUUGGCCGAACACUUCCAUGACACCCACAAUGUGUUGGCUAAUUGGUUGUCGGACAUCGAAGAACAGAUUUCGAUGUUGGCAAUGCCUUCGAUGAGACCCGAUUUGAUCGCACAACAACAGGAUCGUAACGAAAUGUUCAUCCAGAGUAUCAACGACCAUAAACCGUUGGUCGACAAGUUGAAUAAGACCGGUGAAGCUCUCAUCCGCCUGUGCAACGACGACGACGGUUCCAAAGUACAGGAGUUGCUCGACAGCGACAACGCCCGAUACACCGCCUUGAAACUAGAACUCAGAGAGCGUCAACUAGCUCUUGAACAAGCCCUGCAAGAAAGCUCGCAGUUCACGGACAAACUCGAAGGAAUGCUCCGAGCUCUGUCGAAUACGGCCGACCAAGUCAAUAAUCUCGAACCCAUUUCGGCUCAUCCACCCAAAAUUAGAGACCAAAUCGAAGACAACGACGCACUCGUCAGUGAUUUGGAUAAACGAAAGGAAGCUUAUGCUGCUGUGCAACGCGCCGCUGAUGAUGUCAUCAAUAAAGCUCCGAAUCGUUCCGACCCGGCCAUCAAAGACAUCAAGCGCAAACUGGAUAAGUUGACCAAGUUAUGGGACGACGUGCAGAAAGCUACCAACGACAGAGGACACUCUUUGGAUGAUACUUUCGAUGCCGCUCAGAAAUUCUGGAAGGAGCUGCACGCCAUUAUGGCGACCCUCAAAGAUUUGGAGGAUUCAUUGAUAAGCCAGGAGCCACCAGCGGUCGAGCCUAAAGCUAUCCAAGAACAACAAGUGGCGUUGCAAGAGAUCAGACACGAAAUUGACCAGACUAAACCGGAGGUUGACCAAGUCAGGGCGUCUGGUAAAGAUUUGAUGAGGUUGUGCGGAGAACCCGAUAAACCAGAGGUGAAGAAACAUAUUGAAGAUUUGGAUAACGCUUGGGAUAACAUCACCGCGUUGUACGCUAAGCGUGAAGAGAACUUGAUUGAUGCGAUGGAGAAAGCUAUGGAGUUCCAUGAAACGUUACAAAAUCUUUUGGAAUUCUUGGCCAAAGCGGAGAAUAAGUUUGCUAAAAUGGGACCCUUGGGGACGGACAUCGACGCCGUCAAGAAACAAAUCGACCAACUCAAGAAGUUCAAAUCCGAAGUUGAUCCUCACAUGGUGAAAGUAGAAGCCCUCAACAGGAGUCUUAUCAGGCAAGCGCAAGAACUAACCGAACGCACAUCAGCCGACCAAGCCGCUGCCAUCAAAGAACCGCUGUCUGCCGUCAACAAGCGCUGGGAUGAUUUGUUGAGAGGCAUUGUUGAACGUCAGAGACAGCUCGAGAACGCACUCUUGCGUCUCGGACAGUUCCAACACGCCCUCAACGAACUCUUGGUGUGGAUCAGCAAGACCGACAAGACUCUCGACGAACUCAAACCAGUCCAGGGAGACCCACAAAUACUAGAAAUCGAACUGGCGAAGCUGAAGGUGUUGGUCAACGACAUCCAGGCGCACCAGACGAGCGUCGACACUUUGAACGACGCCGGACGACAAAUCAUCGAAAGCGGCGAAGGUUCUGACGAAGCUUCCAUCACGCAAGACAAACUUAACACCCUCAACACCCAGUGGCGCUCUCUCAUGCAGAAAGCCGCCGACAGACAACGCGAGCUCGAGGUAUCUCUUAACGAAGCUCAAAGAUUCAACGCUGAAAUCCAAGACCUGCUUUCGUGGUUGUGCGACGUCGACGGUAUCAUCACCGCCAGUAAACCUGUGGGUGGUUUACCCGAGACGGCCAGCGAACAACUCGAACGUUUCAUGGAAGUGUAUAACGAAAUCGAGGACAAUCGACCCAAAGUGGAGACCAUUCUGGCCCAAGGCCAAGAAUACGUGAGAAAGGGCUCCAAUGCUGCUUCUAACUUGCAGCACAAUCUACGUACGUUGAAACAGCGCUGGGAUUCAGUCACUUCGCGAGCCAACGACAAGAAGAUCAAACUGGAGAUUGCGCUCAAAGAAGCGACUGAGUUCCAUGAGGCUUUGGAGUCGUUCGUUGACUGGUUGACCAACGCGGAGAAGGUCUUGUCCAACUUGAAGCCCGUUUCGAGGGUCUUGGAAACCAUCCAAGUGCAAAUCGAGGAACACAAAGUGUUCCAAAAGGACGUGAGCGCCCACCGGGAGGUCAUGCUAGCCUUAGACAAGAAGGGCACGCACUUGAAGUACUUCAGCCAAAAACAGGACGUCAUUCUCAUCAAGAACUUGCUGGUUAGCGUGCAGCACAGGUGGGAAAGAGUGGCUUCGAAGUCGGCCGAACGCACCCGAUCUCUCGAUCUGGGUUACAAGGAAGCCAAGGAGUUCCACGACGGUUGGUCAGGACUCAUGACGUGGUUGAACGAAACUGAAGACUCUUUGGAUCGCUUGUUGUCCGAAUCAGUGGGUAACGACCCCGAGGCAAUCAAGAACCGAUUGAGCAAACAUCAGGAGUUCCAGCGCACCCUGUCGUCUAAACAAGGCACUUACGACAACGUGAUGAAGAGCGGAAAAGUGCUCAAGGAGAAGGCACCCAAGACCGACGAGACAACUAUUAAGCAGAUGAUGAUGGAUUUGAAGGCCAAGUGGACGGCUGUUUGUAGUAAGAGCGUCGACAGGCAGAGGAAGCUCGAAGAGGCUCUUUUGUACUCCGGUCAAUUCAAGGAUGCGAUCGCAGCGCUGCUACAGUGGUUGAAGAAGGUAGAAAAAGAGCUUUCUGUUGACAGUCCAGUUCACGGCGAUUUGGACACCGUUAACCACCUCGUGGAUCUUCACCGCCAGUUCGAAAAGGAGCUCGAACGACGCAACGAACAGAUGGAGUCGGUUAUACGAACCGGAACCGACCUCGAACGCAAAGCCAGCAAAGCUGAUGCUUCUCAAAUCAGAGGCCAACUGAACGAAUUGAGCGAGUUGUGGAACACUGUUACGAAACUUACAAGAAUCAGAUCAGAUCGGUUGGACGAAGCGCUUCGCGAGGCCGAAAGACUUCACAAGUCGGUUCAUAUGCUCUUGGAGUGGUUAUCGGAAGCCGAACACCAGCUCCGAUUCGUGGGUAGCACUCCAGAAGAUGAGGCUACCGCGUACGAACAACUCCAGGCUUUGGAUAAAUUCAGGGCCCAACUCAAAGAGAAGGAACGCGAGAAAAAUCAGACUCUGGAUUUGGCACAGAACGUGUUAGCUAAAGCCCAUCACGACGCUAUCAACGUUAUCAAGAACUGGAUCAAGGUUAUUCAAACUAGGUGGGAAGAAGUGUCCCAGUGGGCGUUACAGCGUCACCAGAAACUCACCGCUCACAUGCAGUCGCUGCGCGACUUGGACGAGUGUUUGGAGGAACUCAUCCAGUGGUUGCUGGGGCUGGAGAAUACUCUUAUAUCCCUCAAGCGCGAGGAGCUUCCGAUGGACAUACCAGCGACGGAACAACUAAUCUCCGACCACAAAGAGUUCAUGGAAAACACCCAGAAACGCCAAGGAGAAGUGGAUAGAGUUUGUAAGGCCAAACAAGUCAAAGCUACGACUGCUAAAGAGCCUAAGAAAUUCGUUAAGGGCAAGGGACCUAUCCGUGGAUCACAGCAUGAUAUUCGUGAAACUUCACCCGAUAAUUACGGCUCUCUUGGGCGCAAGCAAAGCUUCAAAGGAUCCAGAGAUCUGCUUUCUCAGCGCGGAAGCCGUUCCAGCCCCGGCCGGGAACUCAGUCCGGAUCCCAACUUACCCCAUAUCGGGCCAAGAUUCCCACCUGGCAGCGAACCCGAAUUCCGGUCACCACGUGUCAAGUUCUUGUACGACAAGUGGAGGCACGUGUGGAUGCUGUCGUGGGAGCGACAACGCGAGCUGUAUGACCAUCUGGCUUAUUUGAAGGAGAAGCAGAAAGCGGACAACUUCUCCUGGGACGACUGGAGGAAGAGAUUCCUCAAGUUCAUGAACUACAAGAAGUCGAGGCUGACGGACUUGUUCAGGAAGAUGGACAAAGACAACAACGAACUGAUCCCGAGGGAGGACUUCAUCGAAGGAAUCAUCAAGACCAAGUUCGAUACGUCCCGGCUCGAAAUGAAACACGUUGCCGACAUGUUCGACCAGGAUAACCGCAGUUUGAUAGACUGGAAGAAGUUCAUCGCCGCUUUGAGACCCGACUGGGAAGACAAACCUGAGACUGAUGCCCAGAAGAUCCAUGACGAAGUGAAGAGGUUGGUCAUGCUGUGCACUUGCAGGCAGAAGUUCCGAGUGUUCCAGGUCGGCGAGGGCAAAUAUAGAUUUGGCGAGAGCCAGAAACUCCGUCUAGUCCGCAUCUUGCGCAGCACCGUAAUGGUGCGCGUUGGAGGCGGCUGGGUAGCGUUAGACGAGUUCUUGCUAAAGAACGAUCCAUGCCGAGCCAAAGGACGCACGAACAUAGAGCUGCGUGAACAAUUCAUCCUAGCCGACGGCGUAUCGCAAACUAUGACCGCGUUCAAGCCCAAAACAUCGGCCUCCAGUCCCGCCUCUGGCUCCUCUGCAUCAUCACUCCGCACUCCUCAAGGGCCAAUCACUAAGGUGAGAGAACGCUCAGCGCGAUCGGUACCGAUGGGCAGUCUUCCACGCACCUCCAAGUCUUCGUUAUCGGCCGGCACCCCAGACUCUCUCUCAGACAACGAAAGCGCCACCUUCCGGACACCCCGGAAACCGUCGUCUUACAGGUCGACGCUGACUCCUGGUGGGUCGAGGUCCAAUUCGCGACCGGCGUCGAGGACUGGCAGCAGGCCUGGCAGCAAACCACCAUCGAGGCACGGUUCAAAUCUUUCUCUAGACAGCACAGAUGAUGGUACCCCGUCGAGGAUUCCACGAAGGACGCCGACCUCCAGCCGGGUACCUUCGGCUACGUCAUCGUUGAGGCGACCCCAGAACGGCACCGGUUCUAGGCCCAGGACACCAACAGGACUGAUUUCGCCAGCUAGUCCUGCAGUGAAAUCAUCAGGCAUACCCCGAGCAUCAAGCAUCCCAACACUAACGUCAGUUACCACUCCAAGGUCUCGCAUACCUGUGUACAAGGGAAGUGGUGACACUGAUCCUGAGUCUCCUUCAACGUCAAGCUCUUGUUCUAUGUCUCUAUCUUCAGGAACCAAGUCAUCGGCUAGCAGAUCGAGCCGAUCGAAAAUCCCGAUUAGGAGUACAAGCAAACCACGACAAGUGACAAUCGGUAAUGCUCCGACGCUGCGGACGGCGGCUAGGACACGAACACCAUCCGGAUCCAACACCCCCGUUCCGGCCGGCCAGCAGACCGCCGUCUCCAAGCUUCUAAGGAAACCCUCGGGAGCGGCUGACACCGCCACGGGUCAAGCGAAGAAAACGACGAAGGAACGGGAGCCUUUUAGACUUUAGAUAAUUGUAGGAUUUAACUUAUUCCAAAUUUACACGACUUGACUAAUGACUGACACGUAGGGUUAUGAAGUGUAGGUUUCGUUCAAAAAUGUUCAUAUUUUUGUAUAAAAGAAUUUAUUUAGAGAGCGUCGGACGCGCAUGCUUGGAAAUCGCCAGUUUCGAGACUGCGCGUCGCGACCGUUGAGAGUUGCAAUUUUCUGUGAAGCCCGAAGGAUAAUUUAUUUCUAUGUGUGUAAGUCACAUACGUAAUUGCGUUUAGUUGCCAUAAUUCGCAAGGUUUUCGAAAUUUUCUCUUCUUGGUGAUUUUUUUACUUUUUUGUUGUUGUAUAUGAUGGGUAUAAGUGGGACCAUUUUUGUGGCGAUUUUUGCUUUAUUUAGUGAACAUUUAUUGAUUUAUUCUACUAACUUACUUAUUAUAUUCUUAAUAAUUUAGUACUAAGCGCCGCUAAUAGUGUGUGAUUACCAUAUACGCCUUUCUUUUAUAUGUCGCCAGUAUGAAAGAACGGAUCAGUCAAUAUUGUAACUAUUAUAUUAAUUUAAUUUGUUAUGUAAUUAUAUAAUAAACUAAAUUUUUUUAAA